GUGUGUAUUUCUCAGACAUCUUCCCUUCUCCAAACAGGAGAGCCAUAGAAGAGCUGCUAAAGGAAGCGAAGCGUGGGAAAACCAGAGCGGAGACCAUGGGACCCAUGGGCUGGAUGAAGUGUCCUCUUGCCGGGACAAAUAAAAGAUUCCUAAUUAACACCAUUAAGAACACGUUGCCCUCCCAUAAGGAACAAGACCAGGACCAGAAAGAGAGCGAUAAGGAGCCCAGCAAAAGCCAAGACCAGAAAGAAACAAGUGGCAAGAAGCACAGAAGCCACUCGUACAAGCGCAGCCUGCACUCCACCCGGGGCUCUCCCCCGCGGAAGCGGAAGCAGACCUCCAGGGACAAGGGCGAGCAGAGGUCCAGCAGGCGAUGAGGUGGAGCAGCAGGGCCAGCCCAGCACUGCGCCUGUGCCUGUGUGCAGUGAGGCCGGGAGACGGCAGGCCACUGACACCCGAGAACCACUUCCUUAGUGGGGUCUAUGUUUUAAGGUGGCUGUUGUUGCUGUUGUUGUUGUUGUGUGUUAUUGUUGUUGUUAACAGGCAAAGAAACCAAAACAAAAGCAAAGAAACUUUACUAAAACAAAUCUUACCUACCUUUGCUGGUGGUGUCGAGGCGAGUCAGCCGAUUAGUGUUGCCGUGCACACCCAUGUUGUUUUUAUUCUAGCUUGUUUGGAAGUUAGUUUCGAAACACGCAAUUCUAGAAUUUGAAAUUUUCAGGUUGUUAAGAACUAGUUCUAGUUUUUUGAUGUACUGCCCUUUUGUGGUCAUUUCCCCGGAUUUCUCAAAU